UAAACCCGAUUGCGGAAGUAAACCGGAAGUGGUGUAAUCCUCUUCUCUUGUUGGACCAUGCUUGAAUGGAGGUGACCUUAGUUAUUAUCAAAUUACAUUGUAAAGCCGCUUGGCGAUAGUUUGGCCGUGGACACCGCAGGUAGAGCCAGUCCGGUCCGGGUUAUUUGAUAAACUCGUCUCGAACAUCGGUGAAAACUUCACGGGACGAACAGAGAUGGCCGAGGCUCACCAGGCACGCAUGCAAAAUGAGGUGGAAUCAAUGGUCCAAAGCCUGGAGAGGGACCACAUCCGUAAAAUGCAGGGUCGCAUGUUCAGCUGUAGUGCACAGUGCUGUGAUCGCCCCUCGGACUCCAUGUCUCAGGUGCAUCAGUGCAUCGAGAGGUGUCACACUCCUCUGGCCCAAGCGCAGGGACUGGUCACUUCGGAGCUGGAGAAGUUUCAGGACCGCCUCACCAGAUGCACAAUGCACUGCAAUGACAAGGCGAAGGAUCUGUUUGACUCUGGCGCCAAGGAGCCAGCUGUCCGAUCCCUGAUGGAGCGCUGCGUGGGCAGCUGUGUGGACGACCACGUUAACCUGAUCCCCAGCAUGACCCGGCGACUCAAAGAGAAUCUAGACUCGAUACCGCAGUGAGGGGAGGGAUGGGCGGCUGUAGUCCGUCCACACGCGUACAGCAGCGCAGGGUUAGUCAGCUCAGCCAGUGACAACUGAGGAAUAGAGGACUGGAACACCAUGAAAAGAUUAAAAUGGAUCACUGUUUUUGACAAGUUUUUUUAAAGGCUGUGACUCUGAAUCUUGGUGUUGUGGAGAUUUAAAACUGCUCUCUGUGAGAUUUGUUGUUAUUCUGCAUGUAAUCUCUCAACAGUGACUUCCGUGGAGAGUGGGAGGUCAGCGGGUUUGGCUUAUAAGAUCCUGGUUUACUGCUACGAGAUGCAUCAGCGUGAGCAAUGAGGCCUGUUGAGUGUGCAUUUAAAAAAAAAUACUCAGUGUAGAUCUGAGUACAUCCGGAUUCACAUGCGCAUACAAUUCAACUCCUCUCAGUCAUAUUUAAUUUAGGUUUCUCCAGUAUGAGCCCUCUCAUCCCUCGUUCUAUAUUUUUGUCAUUUUACUGUGAUUUGCUCUGUGAUUGUCUGACCUCCCAUGGUGACAAGUUUGUAUAUCUGAAUUAAAAGUACUGUAGUUGUACCCGUUA